UGUGGCUCUGGCCUCCAUCAUUUCCGCCUCCAGCGAGCNNCCGCACAACAUCGUCAGAACGCAAAGUUUACCCUUAAUCGUCGCCAAGACACAACCUGUAACGACUAUUCAUGCACGAUUGACAGCGAUUGCUACGCUCAAAGAUGCGGUGCAUGCAUUUUGCCUUCAGAUGAUGGCGACGAGGAUGAUGGCUUCUUCAGACAGAAGCGUCAGGAUGCGGUUGGAUUCUGCGACUGUGCUGUCGAGGGCUGUCAG